GAUACACUUCAGUAUAUCAUUGACUUAUUCCCAUGUGGCUGUGAUCCUCAGAAAAAUGACCAAGGUGUUGAUCCGGAUCUUGUUGAUAUCGUGUCUUUUGUAUGGAACAGUUUCAGCGGCUGGGUCCUGCACCGCAGCACCAAAAUGUGUGUGUGAGUUCCCAGAUGGAAGUAAACUACCUAUAGAACCCAACACAGAGGGAAAUGAGGCACUAGCGGGAACCGUGGGGGCGCUCAGUUCUCUUAUUGCGACUGGAAGUGGGUUUGGAAUAUGGUAUCUUUGUAAAAAGCGGAGUCAGUCCGGAAAAUUUUCGUCGAAUCUUUCUGAUCAAUCGUUUGGAAAGGACGGCUACGAUCCAAAUAAUCCCCCGCCAUAUUCGGAUGUUCCUAGAAAACGACCGGAAACAGUUUCAACUUUGAAUCAGGAAUAUCCACGACCAGAAUCUAUGGGGCCAACGAACGUGUAUCGAGCGCCAGGGAGCAUCAACAUGAAAGGAAUCGGAAGUCGUCUAUCGUCUGCUCAUUCCGACUACCACGGGGCGCGGAGUGAUUGGAUGUAGCGAGGACGACGUGAACUGGACAGUGUCGUGGUCAGUUUAGUGGUCAAGUAGUAUAAUAAUGAACAACAUCGAUUUGUUUGUGAAAAUAAAUCGCAAGAAAAACAGAAAAGGGUAAAAACAAAAUAUUUUAUUACAUGAUACUGAAAUGGUUUAUGUUUUAUAUUGUGGGCUUGAGAUCGAAAAAAAACAGGUAACGAUAUCGAGACUAAGUAAAAAUUACGGAUUUUAAUGAAAAAAGAAGUUUUGUUUCUUUCAUAGAAUCUUCAUUUUGGUAUUUUUAUAUAAUAAAGCCUUUUUUUGUACUGCUUGAGAAAUUGUGAAAUUUAAGCGGGGUAAUUGUGCACAGAAAUGGUUUCAUUGAAUCUAAAAUUAUGUUAAAUCUCUUUUGCGUCAAUGUUUUUCAUUAUGUAUAUUUUUAACAUUCAUAACUUAACUUUAUAAUAGAUAACGAAUAAGGAUGCACCAAAAUUGAAGAUCUCUUCAUAUGUGAAAGGUUUAUAAAUUACCGCAAUCUAGUCACUUUCUAGUCCUAACAUCAAAAUAAGUAUUUUUCUUAUCUUAUAUUGGAAAUAUUUAAUGAAUUAUCAUAUUAUUUCUCCUUUAUUUUCUGUUUGACCUUGAUAUGUUCUUAUAUGUUGCGGUGUUGUUAAAACCAAAAACAAACAAUCAGUUUUCUUAAUAGCUUCGGGUAUUAUCCGACUUGUGUUAUAUAGCUUCGGGUAUUAUCCGACUUGUGUUUCCGAAGGAUAUUUUUCUGUUCUUCUUGACAUCUGACAAAUGAAAACAGAAAAAGGUUAUUUUGUUGUGUAAUCUAUCAUCUUGUUACUAUUUAUUUUAGAUAUUUAUUUAAAUCCUAAUAAUCGAUCACCACGAGUCAAUAUAAGCUUCAUUCCUUUUGCAACAAUUAUGAAACAGAUUAUUUCAACAUAUAAUAACCAUGUUUGUUUUCCCGGAUGUAAGUGCGCAGGGUAUCUUGAUGUGGGAGGAAACCGGGGUACCAGGAACAAACCCACGUGGUCGGGCAGGCGAUCCAAUACUUUUUCAUGUCCAAAUCACAGAAUGGAACAACUCCGGUCGCCUUUGUUUAAAGCGAAUGCACUAUCCACUGCUCCACCCGACCACCCACCACGAGUUGAAUAUACCAUUUCUCCUUUACCACGAACGUGUAGAAUGGAAGUGUUAAGUCUUGCCGCGUGGUGUCUAUUCAAAAUGUGAAAUCAGUGAAAGAAAAAAGAAACCAACAUUAUAUAUACUAUAACUAUGUUGCUGUUGUAAUUUACUGACGAGAGUAACUACUAGUUUUUGCUCAAGAUUGUAGAUUUAUUUACUUAGAUUUUACUCACAGUAUUUAUGACCAAAUGCACAUGGCAAAACACAAGUACAUACUGAUGAUUUUACUCCUAAUAAAUUAUUGAAAUGUA